UGCAAAUGGCACUGUAAACAUUAAAGGUGGCUGCGGGUUAUCGCGAAAAUUGAAACAAACGCGGUUAUCUCACUUCGUGUAACGAAUGUCAGUUGUCGCCUGUCCGCGGAGGCUUGCUUUAUCGAUAAAAAGUGUCACGAGGAGCCGACGAUUUACGACCAAGAUUGGUAUCGGCGAAACAAAUGGUAUAACGGCAGACUGAUUCGCCAGAAAGAUUCGCCAUGAAGCCCGUAAUCACCCACGCGUUGCGGUGAAAUUCUAGCUGACCUCAUAUAAAAUUCAAAACUAACGUGAGAGACGAUCUAUUGUAACGAGACUUGCUGAACGUCAACACCUUCAAUAGAAGUUGGGAAAAAUACGAUGACAUUAGGGAUUCCUUUGCACAAUAACGAAGUUGAGACCUUAACGAAGUAUCUUACAAAAUUAUUGUCGGCAAAAAAUUAUUCAGCCCAGGUUGAAUCAGUUUUAUUUGCACUAACUGGCUUACCACACACCCAAACGUCCAAGAAAUUUCAGACGUUAUUCGUGUUAAUAAACGAAGAAAUAGAGAACAUGAUGUGCUGCGACCAAGUGCUUAAAAAACCGCCGGCGCAUAUUCAGACAAAGACUCUCCUAAAUCUCGUGAGUAAUUUUAUUCGCGAAUGGGGAGAAAGACCAUGGGAAACACGAUCCCACGAAUCCCAUUUAAAAAUCUGCAAAUUCUGCGACAGCAAUAUCAACGACGAGACUCGGCGAUACGCGAAAAAAUAUUGUUGCGCUGAAGCCGAAUAUCUUGAUCGACCGUCAAAGGAAUGGCUUUCAUUGCACGCGCCAUAUGUUACGUCCAAAUUGGACUCUGCCGUUUCCACUGACGCCGGAUGCGAAGUUAAUUUUUCCAGUAGGAGUACUCCGCAAAACAGGGACCCUGCAGGAAUCCACAACAACGAUACAGAGCUACGAUUAAUUGCCGACAAUCGGGAUGACACAAGCACGAUAUUCGAGAAUCGCAAGAAUCACAUUGGCAGCUGGAUGAAGACAAACCCGAGCACUUCGAAAGCGUACGGCAAGCGUCAACGCAACGUUCCAGACGCUUCAAGAGAAGCCGACUCGAAAAGAAUCGGGCGGUCGAUCGGAUCGGGCAUCGAAACUAAUCGCCGUGACGGAACCGUCGACGAAGAUCUAUCGGAAGCGAACGGAAGUAGUCGUUCACUUGGGCGCGGAAAAACCGAAACGUCGGCAGGUGGAGCACGUAGGGACGGCGGUACAAGAAAUACCGACACGGUGGCAGAAAGAAUACGCGGGAAACGUGACAAUAAUCCGCAUCAGCGCGAACUCGGCGAGGUCGAAGAUAAGAACCGGCAAGAUCGCCGCCGCUCGGCUCAACGUGAUGUGCAAGAAGAAACGAACAGAUCGCAGAUCAAUCCUUAUCAACAACGCCGCGGGGAAGAACGCGAGACGCGAUUGUCCGAUAGCGGCGCGGAGAAGAUCGACCGAUUGGAUCGAGUCGUGGAGAAGAGCGGCACGAUGGAGAUAUCGAGGAAGCCGGCCAAAGGGCUCGCGCGGGAUGAGCAUGGUCGACGCGAUCGACACGAAAACGAGGAAAACCCAGUUGCUCGUGGAGAUUGGAAGAAAGAAGAGAAGGAUAAGGAUGAGGGAGCAGAUACGCCGCUUCUAAGUAAGAAUAAAGGGCCAGGAAGUAAGAGAACGUUGGAUUCGGCUGGUGACGCGAAAAAGGGACGGUCUACCCUUAAUGAAGAGGGAGGGCUUCCUGCGAGCAACAGAAAGCGCAAAGAUGCGUCGUCAACCGACGGAGGAAGCGAGGAGGCGAGAAAAUGGGCAGCUAACCCUUCAAAUCCGAUCGAGUACCAAUUAUCGAACGUGCACUUUGUGGAGCUCGGCUGGACCCGAUUGCCGGUUACCAAAAUCAUGAGGAAGAUCGUGCGAUAUGAAGCCAGACCGGCGAAGCCCGAUUGGUUCAAAAAAUACCGGCGCAGAGGCACGGAAUAUUACGACGACGGAUUAACGCCGUUUUCGAGAUUCCAUCCCGAUGGUUCUGGCGAGUUGUUUUAUCCCAACGGCGUAUUGGCCGUCAGGGUCUACAGACCGGAAAAUCGGAAAUGUAAUUGA